GAAAUGAAAUGUAACACGAAUUUCGCCACUUUUGAUAAUAAUAAUUAUUGUACUGGGGUAAAAAGCGAUUUGAUUUGAAUGAGUAGCAAGCGGCAAGCGCACGCAUGUUGAAUCACGUUGUAUAAACUUGCCGAGUUGACCAUCGUCGAGACAGCUGAUCCUGACACAUACGAGGCAUUUGACGUAUGCCCGUGUUCCGUGUAGAACGUUCGUACCUAAAAAAAUUUUCAACGACAACGUGUGCGAGUUUUCCACUUUUUCCUCGGUGCCAGAGACCCUGCCGUGUCCCUGCGGUUCUCAUUAUGGCUAGUUCCUCGGACAUAAACCCCAUCAACUACAUUAUCAAACAGCAAUAUAACGAUUCGGCUCGUAUUAGAGAAAAACUAUUUAAGGAACGGCUUCGAAAUGCAAAGAACUUAUACAGAAAGGAUCUUCUUGCCCAUUAUGGAUGUGUUAACGCUAUAGAAUUUUCCGAAGAAGGUAAUCUUUUGGUUUCGGGUGGGGAUGAUAGGAGGGUGUUGCUGUGGUUUGUUCCCGAUGCGAUUUAUGAUAAAGGGGCCCCCGUUGUUAUGCAAACCAAUCAUACAAGCAACAUUUUUUGUCUUGCUUUCGAUAGAUUCAAUACAAAAAUAUUUUCUGGUGGUAAUGACGAUCAGGUGAUUGUCCACGAUAUCAAAACUGGUCAAUUGGUAAUGAAAUUACCGCAUAGAAAUCCUGUUUAUGGCUUAAGUGUAAACCCGCAGGAUGAUAAUGUUCUUGCAACCGCUGGUGAUGAUGGUCGUGUUCUAAUCUACGAUAUACGAGAACAUGAACCAGAACCAAUCAUUCUCGCCAAGGAAUCGUCAGGAUUUCAUUCUGUAGUAUUUCAUCCACUAAAUCCAAGAUUAUUAGUCACAUCAAACGCCGAUGAAGGAAUCGCGUUAUGGGAUUGUCGCAUAACAAAAAAAGAGCUUUUAAUUUAUGAUCGAAAUGCAGGAAGAGUAAGCGGAAUAAGUGCAUGUUUUAACUCAUCUGGAAGCCGAAUUUUGGCUCUACGAAGAAGAUUACCUCCAGUUCUAUACGAAACGCACAAUCCUAAUGCUCUUUGUCAAUUUUAUCAUCCACAAUAUUAUAAUUCAUGCACAAUGAAGACAUGUUGUUUCGCCGGCAGUGAUGAUGAAUACGUUUUAAGUGGUUCUGAUGAUUUUAGUUUAUAUAUGUGGCGUGUUCCGGAUACUCAAAAUACUUUGGUGGAAUGGGGCGAACCUCAUGUUGUUUUACAGGGUCAUAGAUCAAUCGUUAACCAAGUUCGUUAUAAUAAACAUAAUAAUUUUAUUGCGUCUUCUGGAGUUGAAAAAAUGGUUAAGUUGUGGAGUGCAGUUCCCGUUGGAACAUGGAAUGGCUCUUUGUUAAAAGAACAUCAAGAUCCACAAAGAAAUGUUUAUUCCAAGGAUGAUUAUGUGUAUAUUGUCGGUCAUAAUUCGACGAGAAUAUCCCACGAUUAUAGUGACCAGUCGACACAAGAAGAUCUUAGGAUGAUGGCAUUUUUCGAUUCAUUAAUCCAAACGGAAAUACAGGCUUGGAAUAGCUUAUCUGAAGAUACGUAUUCAUCCGAUAGUGAUAGUGAUAAACAAUCUCAGGAAAUGAUUCGCAACUCAUGGCAAUCGUUGCUUAAAUGUAAGCGAAAUGCGGAGGAGUUGCUUAAAAAACACAAACCAAAUAAAAUAGCACAGCUUAUUUCCCAGAAGAAACAUAAACUUGCUAAAAUGGCACACAGAAGGUCUUCCAGUUUAGUAUUAAGAUAUCCAUCCUCAGAUAGCAAAUAUCGAAGAAAACUAAACAAAUUCAAAAACUGUCCUGGAAGUAGUUGCAAAUUUAAGAAAAAUAACGGUCUCUCUUUAAAAAAACGAACAUCGUGUCGAAAUGCGUCAAAAUGUCUUCCACCACCACCACCUCCAGUAACCACCUCAUUAAAAUCAACAAAACACAAUAAAAAGUUGACAGAAAAUCAAGUCGUUGAAAGAAAAUAUCGAACCAGAUCACAAACUAAUCGAGAAAACCAUCAAAAUCCAUCACCAUCAUCAUCAUUAGAUGUUCCAAGUACAAGUACAGGAAUUACAGAAACUACUCAUCAUAGUUCAGUUGUCUUCCGUGUGAUUGAUCAAGAUUCUGAUGAAGAAUCAACAUUAAACGGUUGUACAGAGACAAAUGAUAACAUUGAAAAUAAUCUUGUUGAUGUAAUUCCAACUCCUUUAAAUGGUAGUAGGGGUCGUAUUUAUAUAAAUAUGGUUCAAGUAACGAAUGGAGGUAGCGCCACUAACCCUUCAAACGGAAAUAUAGAGCAACAUGCAUCAACAUCAACUUUACAACAAGAUUGUGAUGAUGGUAUUAAUAAUAAUAAUAAUACGAGUGUAAAUAAGGAUAAUUAUGAAAGUGAUAGUUCGAUGAGUGAUAGUGAUCGUAAUCAUAGGUGUACGACAUCGGUUAGAAGAAAAAGAAAAUUUCAUCAGAAUGAUGUUGUUAGUAUUAAUAAUAAUGCGAGUUCUUCAGGAAGAACGAAGCGUACAUUGAGAAGUAAUACAAUGGCUUCGUCAUCGAAUAUUAAUUAUAAUGAAAAUAGUUCUGAGGAUGAAUGUCGUAAACAGGAUAAAUUUAAGAAAAGAAUUAAAAAAAGUCGUGUUAAUUAUAGGAAACAAAUUGGUGGUGAUUCAGAUUCAAAUUAAAUUAUAAUAUUUAAUACAUAUAUUCAACAAAAAUAAACUUAUCAUGUUCGGAUACAA